AUGCUGAGAAGGAAUCUGACAUUCUUUUCAAGAUUUCAGGAGGCAUAUGAGUUGGCAAAUGAUUCCGUUACACUUUGCCGUUGUCUUGUGUUGGAAGACUCAGAAUCCUACACCCCGACUUUGGCUCGAUCACUCCACAAUCUCAAUGCGUCGAUCAGCAAUCUGUGUCGUCAUUAUGAUGCACUCCCGGUAAUUGAAGAGAGUGUUGAACUCUGGCGUAAGCUAGUUGCCGUUCACCCGGCAUCACACACGUCGAAUUUGGCGCUAUCGCUCCAAAAUCUUCAGAUAUCACUUAACAAUCUCGGACGCCAUUCGGAAGCGCUUCCAGUGAUCGAGAAAAGUGUGAAACUCUGGUGCGGGCUAGUUGCCGAUCAUCCGACACCGCACAUGCCGAAAUUGGCUCGAUCACUCCACGAUUUUCGGACAUCUCUUGACAAUCUAGGACGGCAUCCCGAUGCGCUCGUGGCGAUCGAAGAUAGUGUGAAAUUUUGGCGCAAGCUAGCUGACACCUACCCGACAUCAUACACACCGGAUUUGGCUCGAUCGCUCCAGGACCUCAAGGUGUCGCUCAACAAACUCGGGCGGCAUUCUGAGGCGCUCCCGGUGAUCGAGGAAAGUGUUGACCUUUGGCGCGAGUUAGCUGCCGAUCACCCGACAGCAUACACCCCCAAUUUAGCUCGAUCGCUCCAAAAUCUUAAAGUGUCGCUUGACAAUCUGGCACAUCAUUCCGAGGCGCGCCAAGCAAUUGAAGAAAGUGUUAGGCUCUGGCGUGAGCUAGUUGCCAUCCAUCCGAUAUGUUACACCCCAGAGUUGGCUCGGUCACUCUACAGUCUCGGAUGCUCGUUCGAUAAGCUUGGUCGUUAUGGUGAGGCCGUGCCUUUCAUCCAAUAA